CGAGCUACAGCGCAUGUGUCGAAGCCUCGGGUAUCAGAGGACCAUCACUCGAAACAGGAACAUACGGGGCGGUUUGAAGCCAAAUCACGGCUGUACUCGGCACGAAAACCACGGAGGAAAUUCCUCCGGUCCAGCGGCGGGGAUUGUCUCACAGCACAAGCCGGGGCUGGAGCUCCACAGCCGUGGGAGACACUCGCUCAGAGACCGGUAGCCGACGGAGGUUUGUUCGGACGGAGGGAGCCAGAAAGAUGGAGACCCCAGCAUGAACAGCUCAGUUAAGUCCACAGAAGCUCAAGUGGAGUAAGUCAAGGGGGGAAACUUCCAGAAUCAUGGCUGAAGGACUGUUUUCAGCCAACAGGCGCAUCAUUGCCGGCAUGCUGGUCAACCUCUUUUCCUCCAUCUGCAUCGUCUUUAUUAACAAAUGGAUCUACGUUCACUACGGCUUCCCCAACAUGACGCUGACCCUGGUUCACUUCGUGGUCACCUGGCUGGGACUCUACAUCUGCCAGAGGAUGGAUAUUUUCGCCCCAAAGAGCCUCCCGAUUCGCAAGAUUGUGUGGCUGGCCCUGAGCUUCUGUGGGUUUGUGGCCUUCACCAACCUGUCGCUGCAGAACAACUCGAUAGGAACGUACCAGCUGGCUAAAGCCAUGACCACGCCCGUCAUCAUCCUCAUCCAGACCACCUACUACAAGAAGACCUUCUCCACCAAGAUCAAACUGACCCUGGUUCCUAUAACAUUCGGGGUGAUACUGAACUCAUAUUAUGACGUUCGGUUCAACGUGUUGGGGACGGUGUUCGCUACUCUCGGUGUUCUGGUCACAUCACUUUACCAAGUGUGGGUUGGAGCCAAACAACACGAGCUGCAGGUGAACUCCAUGCAGCUGCUCUACUAUCAGGCUCCUCUGUCUUCAGCCUUCCUGCUCUGCAUCAUUCCUCUGUUUGAGCCACUGACCGGAGACGGAGGAAUAUUUGGACCCUGGUCUCUGCCGGCUCUGGUGACGGUGUUGUUCUCAGGUGUGGUGGCGUUCCUGGUCAACCUGUCCAUCUACUGGAUCAUUGGAAACACCUCAGCUGUCACCUACAACAUGUUUGGUCAUUUUAAAUUCUGCAUCACUCUGACUGGUGGAUACCUGCUUUUCCAUGACCCGCUCUCACUCAACCAGGCGUUGGGGAUCCUCUGCACUCUGGCAGGAAUCUUGUCUUACACUCACUUCAAGCUGGUCGAACAGGAAGAAGGGAAGAGUCGACUGGCUCAGAGACCGUAAGCUGCUGUUUAUCAGUCAGCUGUAUGGACUCCAAACACCGGGUGCAAAGACUCCUUUCUAUAUAUUUUAUAAAGUUUAAUAUGAGUAUUUUUUUAGAAGAGGAAAGAAUUUCAUCGUGGUUAAAUGUGUUGACAUGGCAGCAAGUCUGCAGCUCUUCAUGCUCUUCCCACGAUUCUUCAACAACACUGAAGUUAACAUCUUAAGGGAAACUGAAGCUCAUCACACCGGCAGCUGGACCUUUUCAUAGAAACAAAUAAAACAGAAAAACACAAUCGGACAUUCCACAAGCAAGAGAUAAAAGAACGCGCACAACUUUCUUCAGCUUUUACACAAACAGAUUCAAAUGUCAUCCCAGAAUUCACCGCUGCUGUUGGACGAGCAUCUGUACAUUCGGUGGGCGUUGUUACCUCACGACCAAUCACAAGGAGGCUCCAGGUUUAUGUCACAGGGUUAAAGGACAAACACUGAACCUUCAUCUGCUGCUUUGACAACAGAAUAAUAAUAUCAGUGCUGUAAUGAUGAAAAAUGUUUCUGCUUUUUCAGACGAGAUGUAGGGUUGGAAAAACAGCCACAUCUGUAACAGCAGAAGAUAAUGGAUGAUCCUGCUGGAUUGAUGUGUUUCAACUGUUUCUGGACUCUGAACAUUCACAGAAAUCUUUUCUGUUCAGUCCCAUCUACAAGGAAUUACUCACAUUUUGCUUAAAAGUGAAAUUAAAAGGAUGUUUUUCCCAAAAAUUUUCAGCAACUUGCAGUAAUUUGCUUUUAAUUUUGAAUAACUGCUGGACUGCACCGGUUAGAGAUGAAGCCGUGGACUGUCUAAAGGAAAAGAGAGGCACUGAAACUAUCUGUUUACAUGCCUCAGCACUGACUUCAGGCCAAUUCAUGGUUUCUGCAUCUCUGUACGCUGACUGAUGCUGACUGUGAACGUUGAUGCUAGAUUCUACCACAUACUGACCACAGGAAGAGCUGUACAUUUGUGCCCUUUGUGGGAUGUAGCAGCUGGUUACAGAUUAGACUGAAGCACUGUGUCGAUGUGAUUAAUCCUGGACAUACUUAACACAGGAUGUCUAGAGGUUUUAGAACUUCCCACUGAGUUUCUGUCUUUCAACCCCAACAUCUGGCUGUGACAACUUCAGUUACAGCUGAUUUAAUGCUGAUUAUUAAGGUGUAAAUGGUGGAGAAUCUCUUCGAACAGCGUCUCUUCUAAACAAGCAUUUGUUUGGAGCACUGUAUUUUUUUUCUUGCUCAUAUACAGUCAUAAAUUUUAGGCUUCACAUGGACGAAAAUUGCGUCACGGGACACAGAAAACAUGAAUUUGCCUUUUGAAGCAUAAUCAAAGUAUUAUCAAGCUGUUCUAUAACUGAUUUCUACCCUCAAAAGUACAGUUUGAUCAGUUGUGAGUGUUUUUCCAAAUAACAAACACAAAGCUGAUAACUUACAUGUAGGGUGAUGGCUGAACGGUAUGUCGGGUCUAUUUUUUCUUUGUUUACUUUCUCCAGAUUGUUUUUCCCCUCAGGAUGUCGUUUUACUCAAUAAAGAGUAUUUAGAUGGCGAGAAAAGCUCACUCAGUGCAUUUAAAAGUUGCUGUCAUUUAACAGUCUGGAUGGUUUUCCUACUCAGUGCGUUAUACUCAAAGGUUCUCUGUGCAUCCAUGAAACUUUGCAUUAUUUUAGUCCUCUCAUAGCUCCAUAAAGUUGAACUUAACACUACUGAUUUGUGUGAAUUUACUCCAUAUAUGGACAGAUUUCACUGCAUAAUGUCACCGUUUCAGAUGCGACUGAUGAUUUAUACAGCUCCUUAAUAAAUCAAAUUAAUUCACUCUUUUUUUUAAAAUUGUCAGUGAUUAAGUUGAUUUUUCUUGUUUUAACUUGAGAAUUUCCAACCUGCUACAUCAUUUUCUUUUUAAUAAUUUGUUAUUUUCUUUAAUUUGUAUCCAUUUUUGACAGAAUCUGGUGGAUUUUCUUGCUGGGGUUUAUGGAUUUUUACAUAUUUUUUGUUUGUUUUUGUUUUGGGAGAAAACCUUUGAGAUACACGUCGUACCUCCAGGAUCCACCGUUUUGGUUAAGAUGAACGUGAGGAAGCUCAGUCAGAUCACGAGUUUAAAUCGAUCAGCCAUCUGUUGUGUAUUUAACAUCCAGAAAAAUGUACAGUUGGUGAAAUAAACACUCCAGUCUUACAUGCCUACA